AUGGCGUCCCAAUCAUCUACAGGUAAGUAUUUAACUGUAGAUGUUCAUUACAAUGGAGUAUUUGCCCGAAAUCCGUUGAAAUACUUAGAUCUCGAAAAGAUAACAGUGCGUGAUGUCGAUUUUGGAGGAUUUACGUACAAAGAGUUUCUUUUGUGGCUUAGGAAUUUAACCAAUGGAAGUUGUGAUAGUGUGUACUACUGUAGUAGAAAGGAAACAUUGGGUGAGGAUGGUAAUUGGUAUGACUUGGAUGACAACGAAGAAGAGGACGGCAAUGAAGAAGAGGAUCACAAGGAAGAAGAGGAUGACAAUAAUGAAGAUGAUAACUUGGAUGAUAUUAUGGCAUAUGAGCAUGAAGUUGAUGAAGAAGUCCAUACCUUUAACAAAAUUGUUGGUGACAAUUUUUUAAACAAACUUUCAGGUAAGCUUAGUGAUGAUGAUCAACCUAAUGAUGGAAAAGAUGAUAAGGUUGUAUUCCAUGUCCAUGAUGAGAAUCAAGAAUGGGAUAAGAUGGUGCCAAUUCUAGGUAAAGUGAAGGUUGAAUGGAAUCAAGAAGUUGAUGUGGAAAGUGAUAGUGACAGUGAAGUUCAAAGGGAGCCUGACAGUGAGGUGGAGUCUUAUGAAGUUGAUUUUGAAGAGGAACAAGUUGAAGCACUUGUUGAAGUUGAAGUUGAAGAAGGUGAAUACCAGGCUGCAGUUGUAGAUCAAGUAGAAGUUGAAGCUGAAGGACAGGGUGAUGGUCAAGAAGGUGAAGAACUUGAAGUACUUCAAGAUCCAGUUGGACAAGAUGACCAAGGACAGGCUGCAGUUCAAGAUCCAGUGGAAGACGAGCAUAUGAUGGAACUACCAGCAUUUCAAGUUCUACAGGGAAAGAGAAGAAGUAAACCUUCAGAAAGAAUCACAAAAAUUCAAAUAAGAAAGAAGUGA